AUGGCUUCGCUUCGAGUUCUUGCGUUCGAUCAUGAGGGUCGCCCGAUCCAGUUUGACACGUGGCUGGACGACCUACAGCUGUACCUACUGAGCGACUCUCGGGACAGUGUUUCUUUGUUUGACCUCGCGUCUUGCACUGCUCCCGCCCCUCCCGCCACAACUGACACACAGGCACUGUACGACGCUGUCAUCUCUCGCUACUCCUCGCCUGCCACUGCUGCUCUAGGCUGCCUCCACCUGCCCUACCUGUUCCCCGAGCUGUCCGCCUUUGCCACAGUCGAGGACCUGGUUUCCCACCUUCGCGCUAGCGACGCUCGCUACCACGCUGCCCUCCCAGCAGAGUUCCUUGACAGGAACCCGCCCCCCAUGUACAUCACUCACUACUUUAUAGUCACCCGCCUCCCUGACUCUCUUCGCUCUGUCAGGGACCACUUCCUCUCUCUUGACGCCACCUCCCUCACUGUUGACCUCCUCGAGCAGCAUCUCCUCGCAGCUGAGACUAGUGCAGUUGCUGUAGGUGCUGCUCGUGGCACUCCGCGCCCACCCUUCUUUGAGGGGUGUUCCCCCUCCCCCCUUGCCCCCUCCUACGCCUCUGCUGCUGCUGCAGACGUCUCUAUUCCUGAGGACGUCGGGGCUGCUUCUGCUAGUGCAAAGCGCCGCGGCAGCAAAGGCAAGGGUGGCCGGGGUGGUGGAGGGGGCAGCGGGAGUGGUGGUGGGGGCAGCAGUGAAGGCAGUGGCGGCAGUGGAGGUGGUGGCAGCGGUGGGAGUGGUGGAGGGAGUGGGGGCGUUGGUGGCGGCAGUGGAGGCAGCGGUGGGAGUGGCGGUAGUGGCAGCGGUGGCUGUGGUGGCGGUAGGACUGAAGCUCAGCGUGGAGGUUCUGGAGGAGGCCAGCGGCAGCGGCAGCAGCGUCGGAGCGAGACCCCUUCGCCCCAGCAGCUUCGUGAGUGGUUGUUUCAGCGUGGGGCGUCUGGGGGUAGUGUGAGCUGCCCGUAUGUCAUUCGCACGGGUGACCGUGCUGGUCAGACAUGCAGGAAGGCGCACACGCAGCACCGCUGCUUCUCCCGUCUCGACGACGCUUGGCGCGCUGAGUUUGGUGACGAGGUCGAGCGCCCCCACUCGGUAGAGCUGCUUAGUGUGUGCCGCCUGACCCAGGUAUAG